AAUAAUAACCUCACAUAUGUUUAUAUUUUUUGAACAGUUUACACAUCAUGUGGAGUGUUCAGGCUUUGGUGGUGCAUCUCCUGCUGCUCGGCAGCAUCCUGAGCAUUUACUUUCAAUCCACCGUGUUGUCGGACCUCGAGCCAUUGAGUACACUCCGGGAUUUGGGCCUAGAACCGCCGGCGGAUCGACUCGUGGUCUUUGUGGUCGAUGGCCUGAGGGCAGAAUCUGUGCUGGCGAACAACUGCAGUGCUGUGCCGGAUCUUCGGGAGCUGUUCCUCAGCCAGGGACUGGUGGGCAUCUCCCGCGCCUGUCCGCCCACAGUUACCCGUCCGGGUCACAUCGCCAUCUUCGGCGGAUUCAAUGAGGAUCCCGCUGCAGCCCUCACCAACUUUGGCUGGAACCCGUCCACCUUUGACACCGUUUUCAAUCGCAGCCGUAAUGCUAUUGGCUGGACCCAGGAUGUGGUGGCCAAAGUGUUCACCCACCUGCCCACCGGUGGUGCUCCACUGCGUUUCGAAACCUUCACCAGGUCGGACAUUUCGGGCGGGCUUAAGCUGGAUGAGUGGGUCUUCGGCAAGGUGCGCCAGUUCCUUACUCAGGAGGAGAAUGUGCGGCCCCUGCGCAACACCACAUCGGUGGUGUUCUUCGUCUACCUAGCCGAUAUAGACCUGGCCGGCCACGCCUACACGCCCUACGGCCCCAGUUUCGAGGAGAAGCUUAACUUCACCCAACGCGGAAUCCGCCAGACCUAUGAUCUCUUUGAAAGCGUGUUCAACGACAGUCGUACGGCGUAUCUGAUGACGGCAGAUCAUGGCAUGAAUGAUGCAGGGCAGCAUGGCGGUGGAGGAGAUCGCGAGGUGGAAACCCCUUUUAUGCUCUGGGGAGCAGGUGUGAAUCGCAUGGCCCCCGAUCCUGGCCAGAAUUUCACUGUCGAUAAUGAAGGACUCACUCUGCCUCUGUACCAGUUGGAGCAGACGCAAUUGGCCCCGUUAAUGUCGGCCUUGAUUGGUCUUCCACCUCCGAUGAAUAACAUGGCCCUACUGCCCCUGGGAUUCCUGAAUGCUAGUGCUCAAUAUGAAGUGCAGGCCCUUCACUUGAAUGCCAUGCAGCUGCUGGCUCAGGCCAGGAUUCUGAUAAAGCGUCAUGAGGACGGCAUUCUGUAUGCUUUGCUGCCCAAAUUCGAGGACCUGGACUCGGCCCAGAUUGAUCAGUAUCCGCAAAGAAUGAAAUAUCUGGUGGCCCAGGAAUAUUUCGAUGAGGCUCGGAAGAUAAGUACGAAGAUGGCCAAGGAGGCGCAGAGGUGUUUGGAGUACUACCACGGCUACUAUCACCUGCCCCUGCUGGUGGCCACCACCGCCUCCUAUUUGCUUUGGUUCUACCUGCUGCUGGUGCAACUCACCCGGGAAUCGGUCCAGCCGAGAUCAGCGCGAAGAGGAUUCAGAACUUGGACCACGUUGUUGAUGACCUUGGGGGGAUUGAUACUCAUGGAGCUAAUGAUACUGCAGAGGGUUCCCUGCCUGACGGCCUUCUAUCUGCUGCUGCCCUUGGGCAUCCUCAUCCUCGGCCUGGCUGAACGUCCCCUGGAGGGGAACUGGUGCAUGUGCCACUUCUCCGUCCUUCACCUGGCCGGAAUCGUUUUGCCCGCUGGCCUGCUCAUACUGAUGGCCUUCCACAACAGUCACAUUGGACUGCUCUACCUGGUGAUGGUGUGCCUCAACAAUCGGAGGGCCUUCCUCCACCCCUCCCCGAAGUUCUUCCUCUGGCUUGCUCUGGUCAUCCUGCUGAGCGCCAUCCUGGUGGUAAAGCAGAACCCAAGUUGGGACUUCAUCACCGAUGACAUUAGAGUUUAUGUGGGUAACAGCCAUGUGGUUUACUUCAGCAUAGUUCUAUCCGUGAUUCGUCCCCUGAUCCUGAGGCACCGUCAUGCCAAACGUGUUUGGGUCAUCAACAUUGCAGCCCUACUGGCGGCAGCCUAUGGCAUCCAUCAAUGGGACACGAAUCAGCCCGUCUGCACCUAUGUUUAUGUCGCCUGCUGGUCGUACCUGGUCUUCGCCUUUCUGUCGAUCCCAUACAGUGGAACAGAGGAGCUGAAGCGGCGCCUGGAGUUGAUAAUCUUCAAUAUGCUAACCGUACAUAUAAUGCUGACCAUAUCGAUGGCCUCGCUCUUUGUCCAGAUCAUGGUCACUGAGUUCGUUUUGGGCCUCGAACUUUACGAAAAGAGCAACAUGUCGUUGGACAUCAAAGAUCAGAAUCAGGACGGGGAAGGUGAUGGAGUCCAAGAGGUGCUGCAAAAUGAAAGACUUACGAGUCCAGUGAACCACUUAAGGCUGUCCUAUCGCUAUGCGGCCCUCAUAUUGCUGUACUUCUACGUAUCCUUCUUUGGCACCGGCCACUGGUUCUUCAACUUCACAUUCAAACCCAUCACCUCGCGACUGUUCUUCCCCCAGUUCUCCCUUCACCUGAUCGCAGCCUUUAUCCUGCUAAAGAUAUUUAUUCCAUCGAUUAUCGUUAUAUCGAGCAUAUACGCCCUGGUGUCCUUUGGACGCAAGAAUGCCCGUUCAAUCUUCAUCUGCUUGUUCCUAAUGAACGACACCAUGAGCCUGUACUUCUGCUACUUUGUCAACAAUAGAGGUUCCUGGCAGAAGGUGCGCGAAUCGUUGGACCAUCUGCUGGUGACCCAUGUGUUCAUCAUCCUGCUGCUAGUGUGCUCCUGGAUAGCCAGGGGUUUCCUCUGCAACACCAAAGAGGAUAAGCCACCGACCAGAGCAGAUGUCGCUAAUGCUACGUCCCUGGUUACAGAGAGUCAGGCUUAGCUUAAGCCGGUUAAAGUGCCUAAAUUGUCUGCUUUUAUUUAUCUUAAUUGAAUAAAAUGCUGUUUGAAACUAAA